AUAUAUAUAUAAUAACUUGGAAAAGACUGUCAUUCCUCAUACGUUGUGGUUUGGCCUUUGUUAAAAAGUAAUUUAUUUACUUCCCCCCCCCAUAUUCCUUGCACAAAGCACUUUGUUCAUUUCAUAUGAAUUCAAGAGCCCCUGCAAAUAACAGGAAAAAAUUGUUUUACAGCCCACAAAGUCUGAGGAUUGCGAUGGCACCCUUUGGAGAUGCCAGGUGACAGAUGGUCAGUUCCACUUUGGGUGAAGGCUGCUGUUGAGCACACUGUUUCAAGCAGUUCCUCUCCCAUUUAGAUGAACUGAUACGGCUUAAUUGGUUCACCGUUCUCUUCACACGAGUCAGCCUCUCUUACCAGCUGUAAGUCAGGCAUAUGCACAUCUGGUGACAGCUGUGCCCUUACCUGAGAUAAUUAUGCACAGACUGCCUUUAAUUGCAGGGAGUAAGACUAGUUGCCAGCUCAUCUCUCUUGUAAUGAAAAAAUUGCUCCUGCAUGCUUAUUGGGCAGGUAAAUCACCCACAACUAACGGCUGGUCAGCCUUUGCCCUUUAUAAGUAUUUCAGUUCAGAGCGUGGUUUACACCACUUGCCCCAGUGAACCGCUAUAGUAAGGUUACGUAUGUUGAUGUGCUGUAGCAUCGCAGGUGCACGUGACUUUUUCCUCUUAUAGAGGAGCUGAUGAGUGGACACGGGAGGUCCUCAGAAAGAGCAAGACGGCUGUUCUUCCUCCCCGCUCUGCAGCCCAUGACUGCCUCUACUCCCUCUGGUUAAGAGAGCGCAGCCUUCAGGAGUUUGUGUCUGUUCACAUUGUUUUAAAGGGUGUAAUGGCAUUGUUUUUUUAUGUUCCAAGGCAUUAUAUUGUGUUGCUAGCGAGUGCACCGACAGAGAAACAGCAUCUGGAAUGGGUCGGCUUGGUGGAGUCGAAGAUCCGAAUCUUGGUGGGAAACCUUGAGAAGAACGAGUUCAUCACGCUGGCUCACGUGAACCCGCAGUCAUUCCCAGGACCCAAGGAGGGCAAUGUGAAAGAGGAGGUCAGCACAAUGUGGGUGAUCGGGAUUGUUUUUAAGAAAGUGGAGGGCUCUGAAAACCUCAACGUGGACCUGACCUUUGACAUCCAGUCCUUCACUGACACCGUGUACAGACAGGCCAUCGGCAGCAAGAUGUUCGAAGCAGACAUGAAGAUCACGGCCAUGCACGUGAAGAGGAAGCAGCUUCAGCAGCUUCUUCCCGACCGCGUCAUCCACAAGCGCAGGAAGCACUCCACAGAGGGACCAAGCCCUCCCACAGACGGCUGUCUGGAUCUGUCCCAGGACAGUGACAACAGCAUGUCUGUGCCUUCGCCCACAGCCACGGGCAGGAGCGGGGCACCCAUACAGAGCCAUGCCCCCACCCCCCGGGGGUCCAGUCCCGCCGUUCUCCUGACCGCUCCCUCCGAUGCCGCGGGAGGCCACCCCGCCUCGGCAGGUGACAAUGAGGGAUCUGCUCCCUCUUCCUGCACGCCCCCUAACAGACCCGCCCCGGCCCAAGUCCAUGCCUCCGUCCCCCCUCCCUCAGCAGCGAAACGGGCGGGUUCACCCCUGCUGGAGGAGAGGGCCAAAAGACUGAAGGUGGAGGAGGAUCCAUCCCAGGAUUCGUCCCUGGCUCCAUCCCUGGCUCCAUCCCUGGACCCAUCCCAGGACCCAUCCCCGGAAAAAGAGCCGGCAGGAGAUGGCGUGAGUGUCACAGAGAUGGGUGAGGGCGACGGCGCAUCUCAUGGUGAGGUGACGGCAGAGGCUGAAAUUAAGAGGCUCCCCAGCGCUGACCUGUCGGAUGUGCCCCUCCUCCCGGCAAACCCCAUUUCAGUGGUCAAGAACUCCAUCAAGCUGCGGCUCAGCAGGUAGGGGUCGCACUGCACUGACGGGACGGCCUCCUCCAGGGGGGCGGCCCUACACCCUCCCGCCUUGCCCCCUGAAAGCCGAAACCACUCUGUGACGGCGCAGCCGGGCCAUGCCCAAUCGAGUCGGCGACCCCCGGCACCAGAGCACCCAAAGGGUCGCUCCGAAGGGACCCUCUGUGUCUGUUCCGGCUUUGUCCACCAGUGGGCGACACUGCUACCGUCUUCUGCAAUCUCCGCGAUGCCACUGUUUCUACUGGCACACUCAGUUUCACAGGAAAGCCAAGCUACGUAAAUGUCAUGCCCUCAAAUUGUAAAUGUGACUUGUACAAAAGUGUGUGCGUGCGCGUAUGCAUGUGUGUGUGUGUGUGUGUUUUAUACUGUUUGAGAAGUGCAGAGAAAAGGUAUUGACGGUGGUAACGUUUGAAUCAGAUGACUGUUUUUAAUGUAAAUUACAACUAGGUGCACUGCUACAGUAUCCAAAUUGAAAGCGACAAGUCAGCACUGUUCAACUCCUAUGGGUCUUGGCACCAUACAAAAAAAUAAAUACGAAGAUAUAUUGUUAACAUGAGGUACUCAGCAGUUCAGUGCCUGUAGGUUGUGGUAGUGUAGUGUUGCUCUUCUUAAGGUUGCAGCAGACCUCGACAGCUUUGUGAUAAUUGAAACAGCCCAGGUUACAGUUAGUAACGUGACCAAAAACUUGGUCUGUGGAAAAAUGUGUUGAGCUGGCAUGCCAUCAUUCCUAUACAUUAAUGGUGGAGAUGUGAGCUGUUGCUGGAGCAUCUAUGUUCAGGGGUACUCCCAACAGUGGAGAAUGCUGCGUGAGAAACGUAGCCAUACAGACUUGUACCCGGCCGUUUGGUUAUAUUUACAGUAUACCUCAAGAGUGUGUUGUAUAAAAAAAUAAAAAAGGAAUAGAUGCAGAUGUUUGUGCAGAUUGUAAACGUUCAGUUGUGACCAUGUUUUUUUUAAUUUUUUUUUAAUUUUGUUCCAAUGUAGUCAAAAUAUGGGAAACAAAUUAUCUGACUUCACGUAUUUUAUAUUUCACACGAACAUUCAUAUUACUUGUAUUUUUAAAGUGUGUGGUCAUUCUUAAAUUCAGAAGAAAAAAGUUAAAUUGUGUCAUGAAGAGAUGAGAGGAUGUUUUUGUUUGCUAUUUUAGGACAUUCUGACAUUGUUUCACAGAUCAAUAUUUGUUGUGACAUGGAAAAAAAGAAGAAAAAAAGCGCUUUGUCUUUCUCUUUGUGUUGAUGGAGUGGAUAAUGGUCGACCCUGGUAUUGUGAUGAAGACUUAAAUCUUGAGUUUUGCUUUCCCCUAGUUACUUCACCAGUCUUGUCGAUGUUGUCCUUCAUUCUUACCCAGCUCUGUCAGUUCUGAAACGUAUUGUUUUCUUAUUUCAAGGCUUAUUUGUAAGAACACCGUAUUGUGCUUUUUCACAAAUAAAGGUCAGAUAUCCUGAAAAGUC